GAUCCCAAACCAUGGUCACCACACCACGGCUGCAGGCGCAACUUUCAAUCUGUGCUCAGUAAACCAGCGCGGCCGAUAUGAGUGACAUCACAUUGGAAUUCCUUCAGGACCUACUCAGGGACGACUACCCUGAUGUCACUAUACAGGAUUUUGAGGGCGCCCCAGGCACCAAACGUGGAGACAAUUACACCUCCAUGGUUUUCCGUAUCCAGCUGAAAGGCAUCCAGAAGCAACAAGCACCAGAUGGCGAAACAGCACAGCCUUGGACAGGCUCCAUCAUCUACAAAUGCCUCCCAGACAGCAUAGAGCGAAGGAAAACCUUCAAAAGCGAAGAGUUAUUCUGCAAUGAAGUGGCUUUUUACAACAAGAUCUGGCCAGCGUUGAAUGAUUUCCAGCAGCAACGGAAGAUAAAGAGUCCGUUCAAGGCGAUACCGAAGUGUUAUCUGGCGCAGGAUGAUCUGGUUAUCUUGAAGGACUUGAAGCAGCAAGGGUUUGUUAUGCCAGACAGAAGACAAGGGCUAACUAUCGAGCAGUGCUACUUUGUCCUCAAGAAUCUCUCGCAGUUUCACGCUCUGUCACUGGCCAUGAAGCAUUAUGACCCAGAAGCGUUCUAUGAACUUCUUAACGUCCAGGAUGGCAUCUCAGAAGUAUUGUUUACAGGCGAUAAUGAGGACUACUAUAAGUCCUACUACCGAGAGGCGACACGUAACGCUGUGGAUAUGGUCGAAGAAGAGCUGGCAGACUGUGAUGAUAAGGAAAAAUAUCUGUCGAAAUUCCGCGAAUUCUGCAGUGAGGAUACUUUCUUCCAAAUGAUGGUUUCUCUGGUCAUCCCGCGGGAGCCUUUAGCCGUCAUCAACCAUGGUGAUUGUUGGACCAAUAACUUUUUAUUCCGAUACGUGGAUGGAGACAUCGCCGAGAUGGUCACAGUAGACUUCCAACUAGUCCGUUACGCGUCCCCAGCCGUCGAUUUAGCCUACCUUCUAUACCUGUGUCUGACAAGAGAGCAGAGGACAGAGCAUCUGCCGUCUCUCCUGGAGUAUUAUUCCGAGGAGCUGUAUAAGAGACUGGUGGAAUUAAGCGACGAUGGCUCGGUGUUUACUGGGAUGGAUAAGGAUACGCUUAACGAAAUGUUCCAAGAGGAGUUCCACCGUAGCGGAAAAUUUGGCCUUGGUGUAGCUCUAGACAUGUACCCGAUCAUGACCUGUGACAGCGAUGAGGCGCCAAAUCUCUACCAGGCUAAGGACAGUGAAGUAGUGUCUUCUAAUGAAUCGAUCCCAGUGUCGACGUCAAAUGCGGCGUGCAGGAAGAAAAUGACAGAUUUAGUCAGAGAACUAGUGGACGGUGGAGUUCUAUAAGAUUUAAUUAGGUCUAUAGGUACAAGAUUUGCGCCUUGGGUUCAUUGGGACCCUUCAGGACAUCAUAUUUUAACCUUUCGGCUGCGCCUUUUCGUGCAUUUCGUCGAGGAUUAUUUAUAUCCAUAAACCAGUUAUUAUUGUGGGGAAAUUGUCUUAUUUUUUGACAAAGGGCGAAAAGUAGAUAAGUCAAUUCUUACCAGAAAAAAAUCUACCAAUUAUAUUUUGUAUGAAUUGAACAUCAAAGAUCAGGACAAAUAAACAUAUCAGUGUUAAUAAUGAGAAAAUAAAGUCAACCCUUUCUCAUCUCUA